AUGGGAAAGAGUCAACGGGUGCAAUCGCAAGUCGCAACAACCAGUCAGUUGCCAGUAACCGGCUGCACAGCGCGUGGAUCACGCGUGUCGAGUCGAGCUCACGAAAGCCAACGGCUUACGCGAACUUUUAAAUUUGGAAUUCAAUUUACAAAUUCUAAGCUUCACGUGAACUUUUAAAUUUCGAAUUCUCUUUUUGAAUUUUAAACUGUUUUUAUCGAAUUGUUUUCCGAAUCGAACUUGGACUAGUGUUGUGUUUUGUUUUUUUUUGUUUGAGCUGUGUUGGGAUUUUUCUACAAAAUGCCAGUGUUGGCAGAUUAGAAAUUCGGAUUAAUUUCUUUUGAACGCUCCCCCGGCCCCCGCGGAGAUGCAGGCUCGGCACAGUUACUGGUGGCAUCUGCUCAUCGACCUGCCCAUACUGCUGCUUGUGGCAGCAGUAUGCAUCCUUCUAGAAGUAGGCGCCAUCCCGAGCCGGCGCAGCGGGUUCGUGUGCCGCGAUCCUGCCCUCUCUUUCCCGCACGUGGGGGACACGUUCUCUCUCUCGCUCGUCGCCGCUGUCACUGUCAUCGUGCCUUUUAUUAUACUAUGGGCAGUCGAAACUUCUCUCCAUCGAGACGACGAAUACUCCCUCAAGAAGAGCAGACUAUCCACUAGCGCAAAAACCGCCGCCCUCAUCUACAAGGACUACAUAUACGGAGCCGUUUUCAAUCUGAUCAUCUUGGAGGUGAUCAAGUGCGUGGUCGGUUCUCCCCGGCCGACGUUCUUUGAGCUGUGCAAGCCGGACAAAUUGGAGACUUGUGAGGGGUCGACAUACGUGACCGAAUACAAGUGCACGUCCGACUACUCUCAGUAUCUGCGGAUCGACUCCAUCCGAAGUUUCCCAUCCGGACAUUCUUCACUGUCGGUGUAUUGCGGCCUAUUUCUAGCGUGGUACCUCCAACGGCGUGCGUUCAGCUGGCACAGUCGCUCCGUUCUGAUCGUGCCCCUGGUGCAAGCAGUGUGUCUCGGGUAUGCCGCUGUCUGCUCUUUAACGAGGGUGUCGGACCAUCGGCAUCAUUGGUAUGAUGUGCUCGCUGGUGCCAGUAUGGGAUUACUCAGCGCUCUGUACACGGUACUAGUACUUUGCAAGAACUUCUCCCAGCCUACCGUCGUCAGCACCAGCGAUAUCUCUAGCAGUGACGGAACACACCACAACCCUGACACCAAGCUCCUACCCAACCGGGUCAUGAUGCCCUAGCCUCAGGCCGUGUAAGCGUGUCCCACGCUACCCUGGCGUGCCUUGAACGCACGCCUGCAAUGGACUUUCUCACCCCGGUUGGACAAUCUAACCCCGGUUAGACAAUCUCGUCCCAGCUAGGGUUGUGAACGUGAGUGAUUACAUCAAUUACAUGAUACUUAGUGUUGGGAAAACGACAGCAAUAUGAGUGUUAGUGUUAAAGCGUACAAAUUGAAGUAGAUUUCUUAAGUGAGAUUUAGUGUUUGGGAUGUAAGACACUUUAGGCUUCUAUUUCUAUCAUGAUGAUGUCUAUGGCCAUGCAAUCGCAUAUAAAAAUAAUAUCAUUACCAUGUGCAGUCAACUGUGUUAUUAAAAGCAUGAUAUGCAAUGAUAAAUCAGCAACGAAAGAAUGAUUUAAAAAUUAUUUUGACUGUACGAUUAUCUUAGCCACUUGUGUGUGGUGUGGUUUUAUAAAACACAAUAUUAUAAUAGAAAAGCACUUCAUAGAUAAUAGAACAAUGUUACCUAGCAGAAAACAAUGCUUUUGUAUUUGUGACUAAAGGUAGCAGAAAAAAUACUGUUUCCAAGCAGUGAUUUGAAGUUGUUAGAGAAUUGUUCGGAAAAGGUGAUGCUUUAGCACAGUUUUAGAAAAUGUAUGACCUAAUAUUAUGACUAUCUAGAUGUUUUGCAUUGAGGAGAUUUACAUAAAUAUUUAGUAUAAUUUUAAAUUGAGAGGAUACUUUUGAACUUUAGGAUAUUUUACCUUUAUAAGGUAGUUGUCAAAGUCAAAAAGUACAAAAGAUA